AUGGCGACCGUUUCGUCCCUUCGCGUGUACCCAGUGAAGGGCUGCAAGGGCAUCGAAUUGGACACCGCAAUGAUGACACCAACGGGCCUGGCCUUCGACAGGCACUGGGUCGUGGUCAGGGAAGGCACCAUGAAGUUCAUGAGCCAGAGGCAGAUCCCGCAGAUGUGUCUGAUAGAGGUGUCGCUCCCGAUUGAAGCUCUGCAUGGUCAAUGGGGUCAGCUGGACCCUGCAGCGGCCCUUGUUCUCAACGCCCCAGGCAUGGAACCGGUGCAGGUGCCCAUUUCCAAAACUGCUGACGACUCCUUGCUGAGAGAAUGCACUGUGUGGGAAUGGAAGGGUCUUGCCCAAGAUGAGGGGGAUGAAGUGGCUCAGUGGCUGUCAGAGUUCAUGGGCACUGCUGUGAGGCUGAUGAGGUACAGAGGCACACCCACAAGCUCAAGGCAUGAGGCUGGAGAGGCGCAUGCAGACCCAUGCCGCAGACCAACAGACCCAGAAUGGGCGCCUGGAUUCGAAACUGCAUUUUCAGAUGGAUAUCCUGUGCUGCUUGCCACCGAGGCAGAUCUUGAGGAUCUAAACCGUCAUUUGGCCACUCCCCUCCCGAUGAACCGGUUCCGGCCCAACAUCAUCCUCAAAGACACAGAACCGUGGGUCACAGACAACUGGGCGAAGGUCAAAAUUUGUCCUCAAGAUGGGGGCACAGACGGAGUCGACUUCCUUGUGACGAAGCCCUGCUCGCGCUGCAAGGUGACGACCGUGAAUCAAGACACUGCAGAGGUGGGGCUGGAGCCGCUGGCUACAUUGGCAAGCGUGCGCUCCGGUGGUGUUUUGGGCUGGGACGCUGGUCGCAAGAAUUGGCGCCAUCAAGUUUUUUUCGGGUGGAAUGUCGUCGCGCAGCAGGAGGGCCGCCUGAGGGUGGGAGACGUUGCCUUGGCGUCGAUUCAGGAGAGGCCGGGAGCUUUCGAAGGGGUAUGA